AUGUCUACAACUUCUCCAGAAUAUCAAUUUGAUUCGAUUGCCGACACAAUCGCCGCUUUCAAGAAUGGAGAAUUCAUCAUUGUCCUCGAUGACCAGGACCGAGAGAAUGAAGCUGAUUUGAUCAUCGCCGCGGAGUCAAUCACGUCUGCUCAAAUGGCCUUUCUAGUUAGAUUCACUAGUGGUCUGAUAUGUGCUCCCAUCACCCCGAACCUUGCGUCACGCCUCGGCCUCCCUCAAAUGGUCACCCAAAAUUCCGAUCCAAAGGGAACGGCUUAUACAAUUGCGAUCGACUCAAGCGCCGACUCUAUCACAACAGGUAUCUCCGCCGAAGACCGCGCUCUGACAUGCCGCACCCUAGCUUCUCCAAAUGCUCGUGUGGACUCCUUCAGACGGCCAGGGCACAUUAUUCCGCUAGCCGCUCGACCUGGUGGUGUGCGCCAGCGUAAGGGCCACACCGAAGCUGCGGUGGAUUUGUGCCGACUUGCUGGCAAAGCUCCCGUCGGCGUUAUAGCAGAGCUGGUUGAAGACGGAGAGAUUGUGGAGGGGAUACCGGAGGUAGGUGGGAAUAAUGGAAUGAUGCGUCGCGAUGGGUGCUUGAGAUUUGGGAAAAGAUGGGGAAUUAGAGUAUGCACAAUUGAGGACUUGGUGAUAUACUUGGUUAGGGAAGAGGGAAUCGCAAAUACAAGACAAUAA